AUGAGCGAUUGGAUCUCUGCGACGAAGUGUAGCACGAGAGCCGCCGCACACGCGAGUGACUUCAUCGCCAGUCGCCUCCGUCUGCACAAUGACGCGAAUGCCCCGCGCGUGCGGCGGCUAUGCGUGUCGUGAGCAUCUAUUAUUCAUCGUGCCUGCUACGAUUCCUCACCUCUGCCUGGAGUUCAUGCUCUGCAAUAAAAUUCACUUGAGCCCGAGGCCUUCACCAUGACUGAUUCACAGGAGGUAAACCGUCCUGUACGGAGCAAAUACUAUGUCCCACUCGAAAACAACCCGGAGGUCAUGAGCAGCCUCCUCCAUAAGCUCGGCCUCUCACCCUCGCUACAAUUUCACGACGUCUACAGCAUCGACGACCCAGAUCUCCUCGCCUUCAUCCCCCGUCCGGCCCACACUCUGCUCCUCGUCUUUCCCACCUCCGCUACACACACAAAAUUCUGCGCAGAGGAAGAUGCUUCCCGGGAGGAAUAUUCCGGGUCUGGCGAUCUGGAACCCGUGAUAUGGUACAAACAGACGAUCGGGAAUGCAUGCGGGCUAUACGGACUCCUGCACGGAGUUUCCAACGGCGCCGCGAGAAACCAGAUCAUCCCCGACAGCGCCUUGGAUAAAUUGAUCGUCAAAGCGACACCACUAGCACCCAAGGAACGGGCCUUGGCUGUGGAAGAUUCAUCGGAGCUGGAAAAUGCUCAUGCUUCGGCCGCCGCUACUGGGGACACCAGUGCGCCGGAAGCGAGCGAUGACGUUGACCUACAUUAUGUUUGUUUCGUGAAGAGCGAGAAGGACGGACACUUGUGGGAGAUGGAUGGGACACGGAAGGGCCCGCUGGAUCGGGGCGCGUUGGAUGCUGAUGAGGAUAUGCUGAGCGCGAAGGCACUGGACUUGGGCGUGCGGGCGUUCUUACGGCGAGAAGAAAAGGCUGGUGGAGGGGAGCUGAGAUUCAGCCUGAUAGCACUCGCAGAGGCUUUGGACUGAGGCAUACUCGGGAAGGCGCAUUCGAGGUUGAAUGGAUAGUAUCAAUGGAGCGAGCCAGCAUAAUUAGACGUUUGCAUCAUGUACGUGCUUC